AACAAAAUGUGCCGUGUGAUUCUGCCCUGCUCUCAUGCAGUGAGUUAUAUAUGGAUGAGUGUAGUGAGAGUUACAAACUGCUGAAGGAUGCGCAAGAUUUGCUUUAGUUACCUUACAGGGACAAAAAAAAGCGUACAGGGAAAAAACAAAGCGACAGUUUGAGGAUGUACAGUGAUUUGGAGCAGUCUUAUAAGGUUUUUUUUAUGUGAAGAAACCACGUGAGAAGAUCAGCGAUAGGAGCUUGGAGGUAACCACAACAGUCGUAUUUGCCUCAAGCGAACAUGUGCGAAAAGAAGUUUGAAAUCGUCAUUGGUGACGCGCGGUCGAAUAAUGCCUGGGUCCUUUGAAGUCGACGUCAGAGCUUGGUGAGGCCGCCUCAUGUCUUUUGAUGGCUUUCUGCUGUGAUUCUACUUUGGCUUGAAGACGUCGAAUGGCAUGGCGUCGUCACGCUGGUUCCCGGAUCCCGACCAGAGGUCAGAGGGCUGGUUCCUCACAGGUAGCGCAGCGCCCCUCAUGGCACUGCUUGCAGUAUACGUGUACGGCGUCAAGGUACUGGGACCACGGGCUAUGAAGGGCCGAGAGCCGUUCAGCAUCAAGCCUCUGGUGCUAGCAUACAACCUCUUCAUGGUGCUCAACUGUGCCUUCUUUCUAGCCGAGUUUGUGCGGCUAGCAUUUAUCGAGAACGGCUACAGCUUGAUGCUGCAGGAGGUCGACUCAUCUCAACGGCCUGCCACUAUGCGGCUAGUCACCCUCUCAUGGUGGUACUACAUGUUUCGCAUCUUCGAGUUCACGGAGACCUUCUUCUUUGUGCUGCGAAAGAAGUUUGGACAGGUGAGUGGUCUGCACGUAGUCCACCACUGCGUAAUCGCGUGGAACAUGUGGAUCUGCGUGACGUAUGGAGCCCAGGCACAGACCAUCUUCGUGACGUGCAUGAACACACUGGUGCACUUGGUGAUGUAUUCCUACUACUUCCUCGCUGCACUUGGGCCGCGCGCUCAGCGGUUCCUCUGGUGGAAGCGGUAUCUCACACAGGUGCAGCUCGUGCAGUUUGUGGUUCUGAUGGUUCACAACUCGCUCCCGCUGUUCUUCGCGGGACAUUUCGUGCGCUCCUUCUCGGUGAUCCUCGUGGUCGAGGGGUUAAUCUUCUUCGCAUGGUUUUCGGCGUUCUACCUGGAUACCUACAGACGUUCCAAAGAGGCAGUCAUGCUCUUCGAGUGUCACAAGACGGACUGAACAGGCAGUGCCAAAAUCAGUGCAUCCCGCAUUUUGUGUUACCAUCUAAGACUGAAGGACUAAAUAUGGUUUAAAUAGAAACAGAAAUAAAGGGGCGGAAGAGGAAAAAAAAAAAAGAAAAAACUUUUUCUUCUUUUUUCUGACCCUUGCGCUACCUUUCGGGUCUUCGCAGAACUCAUUUGUAUUACCCCGGAACAUUUAAAGAAAUCUUGCUUGGAUCUUGUUCACUCACACUAGGCGUCGGCCGCCACAUUUUUCCUCAGUUCUAAAGAAAAAUGUAUGCACGAGCCAGUCGGUAUUUUUUAACAGCCAUGGUAGCUGAAAGGGGCCAUGACACAACAUUUUCGAUCGUAAUCGGUGGUGUGUGCGUCAAGUGUUGAGCAAUCACAUUUAUGCUGGUGAAUUUCUAGCGCUUUCGGUCAAGCACCUAUUUUAUUAAUAAUAUUUUUAAAAACACGCGAGCGUCUUAGGAGUCGUAUAACACUGGCCCCCUCGCGAGGCAUGACAUAACAAGCGGCCGGUUGUGCGAGCGUCUGAAUUCCGCGAACGACAUUGUUACGUAUUCAGCUGAGACAUUUGAGCGUUCAAUUCUGAUAGACAACAGUAUGGAACGACCCACAGCGGCUGUAACUGUGGUAGAGACGACGGCACCGCUCCUUCCUGCUUGUGACGUCACAGGCACCAUUAUAAGAUGGCAGUUGGUGGGAGUGGGUGGUAAUUACAACCAGCUACUUCCAGGGUCUCUUUUGCAUCGAAAGUUUCUUUCAUAGCCCACUUUUCAUAUCUGUAGAGGCACAAUAGACAUUCUGCUUCUAGUUUUUUUCUAAAACCAAGAAUUGUUGUGUGACCGUGUCAUGGCCCUUCAAGAAAACUGGACACUGUGGUUGUGAAAAAUGAAGUUCACUGAAGGUUGCGAAUAAAUAAUUUCGUUUUUUUGUGUGAUA